GUGAGGCGCCGUUUCUGAAAUAUGGCUCCGACUAGCUCACAACAAAACACAGUCGGCUGACUGACUGUCGUCCGUCCGUCUGUCCGUCGGCUGACACGCAUCUGCAAACACCAGGAAAUGAAGCAAACGCAGCUAACCUCGCAGUAUGUCUCGGAUUCGUAGUGUGACAUAAACGCGUCAUGCAUGAAGCGGGGAGACACAGUUAGCUCAACGCCAACUAGCUGUCAGCUGCUACAAGUGGUGAGAGGCGAGCUAAGCGUUAAACAUCAUUUCUGCAGAGGCAGGGUUAAGAGGAGACCGGCUUUGCUCUUGAUGACUCCGAUAACUUUCUCCAUGGAUCUCUGAAUACCCUCACCAGUGAGAAAGACUGUGGUGAGGUCACUGGUAAGAGUGCAACUGUAAACAAGCAUUUAAAGAGUCACCAUGGAUUGGCUGAUGCAGGCAGUUGAGAGAGACUUGGGAGUUGACCAGCGACAGCAGGGCCAGGGGCCCCGACAUGGAGAGCUUGUAGCCUUGGUUCCUACGCGCUGGGUAAUGGGCCUCAGGGACAAGAGGGUCUUGCCCUGUCCCCGAUUUGAAAGCAUCAGUGCGGCAGAAAUCUCUACACACCUUUGGUCUUCACAGACAAAGUUACCACCUGGCUGGACACGAAUAUGCAUUCAGGGUCUGAGGAAAAGCAAGCUGAGCUACAGAUUGGCCAGAGAUCAUCAUGAGAUGGAAUUGCUCUCGCAGAAUUCAUUUGUUAAAACCAUGCAAAGUGUGUCACAGCAUAAUGUCAGAAAUCUGUGGCGGGAAGCUCAUUACAAACUUGUGCAAGCAUAUACAGGGCCAAGUGAGCAGAUGCAUAUUAGUGCUGUAGAUGCAAUACGCCAUGCACUGGAGAAGCUCUUCAAUUUGACGUUUAUCUCACCUGACAAAGUUUCACCUUCCCUGUCUCCAGCCAGAGAGAAGGAAAAAGACAUCUUUUUGCCACGUAACUUAUCCAGUUUUUCAAAGUCUCAGUUAGACAAUCUUUGUCCUAAUGUGCUACCUGCAGAAUGUCUCCUGGAGACAGAAGAAAUAAUGUAUGUUGUUCUACCCUAUACUCAGUAUUCACUUCAUGACAUUGUGUCCUUCAGCCCAGCAAAGCUUGCCAACAGUCAUGCCAAAGUCUUGUUCAUCAUCUACCAGGUUCUGGUAGCUAUGCGAGGGUGCCAUACAGCAGGCCUUUCUUGUGGAGAACUGUCUCUUCAGGACAUAGCAGUAGAUGAACAACUCUGCAGCCAUCUCAAACUAAAUCUUUCUCAUUAUGAGGACCUGGGGUCAGAAGAAGAGGCAGAGGGUGAUGAUAUUGUAAGCCAGGAGACAAAAAAUGCCCAGCCAACAGAAAACAAAUGUGUGACCCAAGAGAACAAUGGACUGUGUGAAGACUGCUUUGAUGAGCUGAAGACACUGGUUCUGGACUGGGUUCAUGGACGAGUCAGUAACUUCCAUUAUUUGAUGGAGCUGAACAGGUUAGCUGGACGGCGGAAGGGGGACCCUAACUAUCAUCCGGUGCUACCUUGGGUCGUGGAUUUUACUGUCCCUUUCGGAAAAUUUCGAGAUCUCAGGAGGUCAAAGUUCAGGCUCAACAAGGGUGACAAGCAGCUGGACUUUACAUAUGAGAUGACCAAAGAGGCGUUGGCAGCUGCAUCGGGUAAUGGAAUUGGUGUAGGUGGAGAUCUCAGUGUUGGCGUUGGAGGUGCUGGACAAUCUGAGCACCUACAUGUACCUCAUCACAUAUCUGACGUGCUCUCAGACAUUACUUAUUAUGUUUACAAAGCCCGACAGACACCCAAGUCAGUGCUUUGUAGCCAUGUUAGAUCACAGUGGGAGCCCAAUGAAUACCCAGCCACUAUGGAGCGCAUGCAGAGCUGGACUCCUGAUGAAUGCAUUCCAGAAUUCUACACAGAUCCUUCCAUUUUCCGCUCAAUCCACCCAGAUAUGCCCGAUCUGGAUGUGCCUUCUUGGUGCAAGUCAUGUGAAGAGUUUAUUGAGGUCCACCGGGAUCUUCUGGAGAGUAGAGAUGUUUCCCAGCAUUUACAUCACUGGAUAGAUCUCACAUUUGGCUAUAAGCUGUCAGGUAAAGAAGCUAUCAAGGCCAAGAAUGUUUGCCUGCACCUUGUGGACAACCACACUAAUCUGACUACCUAUGGUGUAGUUCAGCUAUUUGACCAGCCCCACCCACCACGUUUAUCUGCUUCCCAGUAUGCCCCAGCAGAACCUCCUAUUCUGGGCCUUGCUGCUCUUAAUGUGCCUUCUCUACACAUCCCUUCUAUUGACGCUAUUGUUGACACUGUGGAUGGAAUGAUACCAGAAUCCAAGGGAUGCGAGUCCACUGCAUGGACCAUGACCGAUAAAGAUGAUGAGCUUGAACAAGGUACAGAAGCUAUAGACUCAUUAGCAUCCACUGGCUCUUCCACUUCGGUAUCUUGCCCUGUCAAUCUGCCAACCAUCAGUGCAAGUGGAGGUAAAUUUGGUGGAGAGCGCACAACACUUACAUCUCAGUCUUCAAGUCCAUUGCCGAGUGAUUUCUCAAGUGGCAUAGGUCCUGCUUUACGAAGUGCAGUGUUACAAAAAGGUGGGCAAAUGAACAAAAAACAUGGGGAAAAUGUUACUACUACCAGUACAGAGGAAUUCAAAAUUAUUCUGCCUGAGGGUUUCAGCCCAUUGCAACCAUUAGAAGAGCUGGAGAAGUUGAAUAAUUUCUUGGUAAAAAGUCUUCAUGCUGAAGUAUUGCAUCCUGCAACGUCUUGUGGCUCAAGAGAGGGUUUGCAAAUUGAAUCUGGGCCUUCUUUUACUAACCUCUACCAAAGGGAUGUGCAGGCACUUGGUGUUCUCACUGCAGAGAUAUUCUAUGCUGCCAAACUGAGAGGAUUGAAGGCAGACACUCCACUCAGACAGCGUUUCCAGGCCAUCAUGAAGCUGUGCUCUGCAAACCUUCGCGAUGUGCCACUGUCUUUGCACCAUGCUCUUGAGACCUUGUUGCUAUUAGAGAAGCAUGCUAGGGUAGCACACAGGGAAGAACCAGAUUGCCCAAAGCCUCUUGUUUUUAAAUAUGACCCUAUCUACGAUGGUCUUCCUCCUCCAAGCCCUCACCAGUUAUUGAACUCUAUUAUCAGUCCCUUUCCUUUCCCUUCCUAUUUUGCAGCACUUCAUGAUUUUAUCUUCUCCUACCAUGCCAAGAUGGGUACUGUGUGUAGCCUUCAGGGAAGAGACAUCGUCUUCCACCUGUGGCAGCAGCUUGAAGCACUGUUGCUGAGUAACAUCACUGCUGAAGGUCUUGAGAUUCUGUUGCCCUUCAUUCUAGCCCUCAUGCUUGAGAAAUCCACUGCUGUCUAUGCAGCUUGGUACCUUUUUGAGCCCAUCUCUACAGUCCUAGGUCCCAGAAAUGCAAACAAGUACCUAUUAAAGCCACUGAUCAAUGUUUAUGAAAACCCUCACUGUCUCAAAGGACGUUUCUAUCUCUAUACUGACUGUUUUAUCCUUCAGCUGAUCAUGAGGCUUGGUCUCCACGCCUUUCUCUCAAGCCUUCUCCCGCAUGUUAUGCAAGUCCUAACUGGCUUUGAAAGCUCAGGCAGUAGUGGAGAAGGUUAUAAAGGACUGAGGGCUGGCAUUUGUAACCUAGGAGAGGAAGAGGAAGAUGACUUUCAGAUUGGCAAGGCGCGGUCAUCUGCAUCUGUUGGUGGCAACAUCGGCAGUACCAGUGGGGUCAGUGGAGCUGUUGGGCUGGUUGGAGACAGUGGACUAGUUGACUACUCCUCUGGCAUCAGUCUCAAUGACCAAGUGUUUCUUUCAGAAGCCGAGGACUUUCAGAAUGAGUUUUAUGUUAACAAUGGAGAAGGGGUUGGUGCUGGGAAGCAGCAGAGCCAAAACAGUGCUGCCAGGGAUCAUGAUCAGGAAUCUUUAAGUGUGGGAAAAUUAAGUGACAAAAGCAGCACAAGUGAACUCUCUCUGGGUGAUGAUUCAAUGCGAGAUAGAGCGAGUCUGAAAUCUGCAGACAGCAGCCAGGAUCUGAAACAUGCUAGUGAGGAAGAGGAAAGCGGCGAGUUAGAGGAAGAAGAGUUAGCCAGUGACAGUAAGGAGGGGAUGGAUCACCUAGCCUCCCUCGACGUUGAUUUAACGGAUUCAGGCUCCUCUCUCAGGACUCUUCAAGGAGAAACUGUUAAUGGAAUGAGGCUUGAUGAGAUUGAGAAAGGAACUGUGGGUAGUCAGGAGGAAGAGGAAGAGGACCGUGAUCUGUCAGAGGAGUCCGAGGCGAAAGAGCAAAAAAUUCUUUUAGAUACAGUCUGCAAAACGGUUCGAUGGCUAUCUGCAAAACUCGGGCCAACAGUGACAUCGAGAUAUGUUGCCAGAAAUUUGCUGCGAUUGCUCACAAACUGCUACAUUGGACCUGAAAAUCACCAGUUUGUGUCCCCUUCAUCCCUGGAGAGCCAUCUGGAAAGUGUGGGAAUGGGCAGUGUGUAUGAGAAAAAACCUGUAAUUGGUGAUCAAACAGCAGGACCUGUUUUAGACUGUCUCAUCUAUAUAGCUCAACUAUAUGGAGAGCCUGUUCUCACCUACCAGUACCUGCCUUAUAUAGGAUAUCUGGUGUCUCCACCAUCUUCACAGCGUCUUAACACGCGUAAGGAAGCAGGUCUGCUUGGAGCCGUAUCACUUACCCAGAAGAUUGUUGUUUUCCUCUCAGACACCACGCUAAUGGACAUGCUUAUGAAGAUCAAUCAGGAUGUGCUCCUUCCACUUUUAGAUCUGAUCACUACACCACGAAUGGGGUUCCCUAGUGGGGUGCAAACUCGCAUUGCUGUCUGCCUCAAGACGCUGAGCCUAAUGGCUCUCAUCUGUCUGCGGAUUGGAAGGGAGAUGGUGCAACAGCACAUGGCUGACACUUUGUGUCGAUUCUUUGCCAUUUUUUCUCUGCUGCAUUCUCUUCAAUCCCAGCUGAAUCAUGCUCCUCGGAGAGUUGUGGGAGAAGUAACAGUGGUGGAUAUUUGCACACCUGAGGGGUCAAAUGUAACAUAUGAGAUGGCGGUCUUGGAGGAGUUGCAGACUGUAUUUAACCCGGAGAUGGCCCAUGCCUCUUACAUUCCCUUCUACUGUCUCAUAGGUGACUUUGCUAUUCGAAAACUGGUCCCAAAUCAUGAACUGGUCUGGCAAUUGGCCGAGUCUUAUCAUCAGAGUGUGAGUCAGGUGACUACAGAGACCAGACACAGCUCAUCUUCCAGGUUGGAACCAGCAUCUUCCUCUGGCCUUGGCAGACAAGUGGUUUGUAACCCGUUCCCCAACUCCACGCACAGCUCCACGACACAGGGAGACUCCCUUCCCGAGUCGGGCACAUUUGGAAGUCACCUGGUCGGAAACCGUAUCCAAGUGUCUCGUGACAAUGAAUUUGAUGACAGCACUAACCAUAGUUUGGCUAGCUCCUGGGGACGCACAAGCCAUGCAACUCCCAUCAUCACUACUGCCUCAACAUUUUCCACUCCUUCUGCAGGUGUGUCCUCCUUCACCUCCUGGAUUGCAGGCCCUUCCCCAGAAGACAGUGCCCUAAAGCAAGAGCUCCCUCGUAGCAGCCGCUCUCUACAGGGCAACUGGUUAGCCUACUGGCAGUAUGAGAUCGGUAUUAAUCAACAAGAUUCACAUUUCCACUUUCACCAAAUAAGACUGCAGAGUUUCUUAGGUCAUUCAGGCACCAUAAAGUGUUUGGCACCACUGGUGGGAGAGGAUUACUUCCUGUCUGGGAGCAAAGACAAAACUGUGAAGCUUUGGCCCCUCUAUAACCAUGGUGAUGGGACUAAGGAGGUGGAACCUAGGCUGACAUACAGUGAACAUCGAAAGUCUGUCUUCUAUGUUGGACAGCUCGAGUCCUCGCAGGAAGUAGUCAGCUGUGAUGGUACUGUGCAUGUGUGGGACCAGUAUACAGGCAAGCAAAUCCAUUCGUAUGAAGCUGUGGAUGGGAGGAAUCCAAUUACAGCUGUCACCACAAUGCCAGCUCCACACUCCAGUGUUGUGUUUGGCAGUGCAGAUUCUGUUCUUCGCUUCAUUGAUCCUCGAAAACCUGGAUUGCAGCAUGAAUUUCGGCUGGCAUAUAACAAUGUUAGCGCUGGGCUCAUUCGCUACCUGGCAGUAAGCCCCUCGGGACGCACAGUAGCUGCGGGUUUCUCCUCAGGAUUCAUUGUUCUGCUAGAUGCACGCACAGGACUUAUACUGAAGGGCUGGCCAGCUCAUGAAGGAGAUAUUCUCCAAAUGAAGGCUGCAGAGGGAAACCUGGUGAUUAGCUCUUCUACCGAUUACACGCUGACUGUUUGGAAAGAUCUUGAAAACAAGCCUCUUCGCCAAUACAAGUCGCAGUCUGACCACAUCCAUGCCUUUGACCUUUACGGUUCGCAGAUCGUAACCGGAACGGUGGCUAACAAGAUUGGGGUGUACUCCAUGGCUGAUAUCUCCCUGAGCCCUGUGAGCAGCACAAAGCUGAGCACGGAAAACUUUCGCGGCACUCUGACCAGCCUGGCUGUGCUGCCCACCAAGAGGCUCCUGCUGCUUGGCUCUGACAACGGUGCCAUUAGACUAUUAGCUUAAAACAGUAGCUUCUAGCUGCACUAAACGCUUUCCACUGAUCUUUACUGUCUUAAUAAUGAGCUGCCCGUGUUGGGCUCAUAGUGAACUGUAUUAGGAGGGAGGGCUGUUGACCUAAAUUGCUUUCUUAAGAAAGCAUCACAAGUUGCAGUGUUGUAGAAACUCAGCAUCUACAGAAUUAUGUUAAUCAGCUUACUAGCCCAGAACCCAAUGGACCGAAGCCCACUGUCCUUCAUCAUGCACCCUGAAAUCUAUUACCAUUGUCUGUAGAUGUGUACUAUAUAAUAGUAAAUCCUUGUCUUGACUAGGUCAUUUGUUUUACCCAGGUCAGUUAUUCGUUUUAAAAAUAUAAAUUGGAACACAUGCUCAGGAAGGUCUUAUCUAGUGUUUACACUUUUCCAAAUAGAUGCUCAACAAAACCAAAAAUUCGUUGACCUCACCUGCUAUUUUCUUUAAUAAUGAUGAGCCUAUGCGAAUGCACUGAUAAAACUAUGCAGUAUUUGUAGAGCAAAUGAUUUCUGUUAUUGCGACUCCAUGUUUUUUAAGACCUGUUUCAUAGUAGUUUGUGUAUACAUCACGAACAAUAAACGUACACUUGCUGUUGUGAGGACAGUGCCGGUGUGCCUACUCAGAGAGGAGACGCAAUGGUUGUCAACCCAGCCAAAUGUUAGAUACACAGCCUUUAAAUCCACUGCACAAUUAAGGCCUGAAUUGUAACAUUUAGAGACUCACUCUGAUUUUAAAUACUGAAUGUUUUUAUUCCACAGAUUGAUUACUUGAAAAUUCUUCAGGAUUUUGGAGACUAUGUUUUAGCCCUGUAGCAAAAUUAUGCUGUGUAUGUGUAGAUGCUGCGUUUACUGGGCAUGCCAGUUGCUAAAACUCAUCACUUUUAGUUUCCAACUUUAAAACCUGAUUUACAGUGCCUUACAAAGGCAUUGGCUCCUAUUCAUUUUAUAAGGAUCACACAGUAGAAGUACAUAACUGUGAAAUGGAGGAGAAAGGAUACAUGGUUCUUUUUCUUUUUUUACAUUUAUUGUUGCAAAUAAAAUUCAGAAAGGUUUAGAUUUUGUAUUUAGCCCACUUAAGUCAUAUGUAGAACCUCUUUUUGUUGCUAUUACAGCAGCAAAUCCUUUGAAUUUACCAGCUUUGCCCAUCUAGAGACAGACAUUUUUUCCCCAUUCUCUACAAAAUUGCCCAAAUGUUUGGAUGGAGAUUGAAUGGAGAGUAUCUUUAAUCGUGUCCAGCUUUCACGUCCUGACUGAAGAAAAUCAUCCCCACAGCAUGAUGCCGCCACCACCACCACCAUGUUUUAAUGUGGGAAACAAUUUGUUGAAGGUGAUGUUCAGUGUUAGUUUUUUAACACUGGACUUUACUAACUAACUAACUAGGUGACAUCUGAAGGCAAUUAGUUACAUUAGAUUCUUUUUGCGAGUAUUACAGUACUGACG